GGCUCACAUUAAAUUUCCUAUUGACUAUCCAUAUUCACCACCUACCUUCAGAUUCCUGACCAAAAUGUGGCACCCCAACAUUUAUGAGAAUGGAGAUGUAUGUAUUUCAAUUCUUCACCCACCUGUAGAUGACCCACAAAGUGGAGAGCUGCCCUCCGAGAGGUGGAACCCUACCCAAAAUGUCAGGACUAUCUUACUGAGUGUAAUCUCUUUGCUUAAUGAGCCCAACACAUUCUCUCCUGCCAAUGUGGAUGCAUCAGUCAUGUUCAGGAAAUGGAGGGACAGUAAAGGAAAAGACAAGGAGUAUGCUGAAAUCAUAAGGAAACAGGUUUUGGCUACCAAAGCUGAGGCUGAGAAGGAUGGCGUGAAGGUCCCCACUACACUGGCCGAGUACUGCAUCAAAACUAAAGUGCCUUCCAAUGACAACAGUUCAGAUUUGCUUUAUGACGACUUGUACGAUGAUGACAUUGAUGACGAAGAUGAGGAGGAGGAGGAUGCCGACUGUUACGAUGAUGAUGAUUCUGGCAAUGAGGAGUCAUGACCUGCUCCCUCUAUGCCCCUGUACUGCCCUGUCCAGGCCAGAAGGGAGCAGUGGUAACCUAGCAGCAGUCCAGCAAAAAAGUGGUGGUGGGAGGGGAGGGAUCAAGAAAGCUUUGUCUCCUGCUGUCUCCUGUUGUAUGGAUCUGUUUGCUCCUUUUUUAUGGACCUCUUAGAGACCCUCCACAGAAUGUCUGAAUUCUUACAUUCUUAACCCUUUCAUCACUGUAUUAUGAUUUCUUUUUAAAAAAGAAAGUUCCUUUUCCACUUGAAAUACAACAAAACAGGUUUGCUUGUGUUUAGAUUCUUGAAUUAAAUUCAGUCUUGCAUUGAGAUGUUUGAUGCAUUUAAGGCUGGAACAAAACCAUUGGAAGAUGGAUUUUCAGGUGUUCCAGUGCUGCAUUUACUGGGAAGAAAAAUAUCCACACUGAGUAAAUUGCUAGGGUUUAGCUACUCCAUUUACAAUAAUAGCAUGUGUACAUUCAUUUAGCCUUGUGAUGGUGGCUUUUCCUUAAUGAGGUGUGGGGUGGAGAGUGUAAAGCUACUGUGUGUUGAGCUUGAUGGGAUGUUACUGAAAGGUACAGGAAUCUGUUUAGCCUGUUCAAGGUAGGAAAUAGCUGGCUCCUGGAUUCGCAGAGGACACAAUCAGCUUUGUCUCUGAAAAAGGCUUGUGAUAUGAACCUUAAAAUAUAAACACCACUUCACAUCUCUACAACUGAGCCCUGGGUUGCAUUAUUUGUUUUUUUUUCAGACUAGGUUGGGGUUGAAAAAGUUCAAUUUCUCCAUUCUACUGGGAUCUGCUGCCAGCUGCCCCUCUAGUGAGGGAGGAAAACAGAAGUGUAUCCCGCCGCCCAGUGGGUCAGCAUUCAUCCUGAACUUUUUGGCCAUGUGAGAGUCUCCUUCCCCAGUGCUCGCUAGUAGCCUUUGCUUCUUCCAGCCCAAGUCCAGUGCUGGCCUGAGCCUUUUUUCUAUUGCUUAUGUUGGUCACCUGUUGGUAAAUGCAGCUCUGCUGUAGCUCUGUAGGGUUGACAGAAGACAAAGCUCCCUUUGCCACCUGCCUGGGGCAGCCAGUCUGUUCCUGUACCUGCAGUGGCUGCUGGGACAUGGGGCAGAGGGGUGGAUGGGUGCUGGGCUCUCCCCUGCCUGGCUGGCUGGGGCACAGGUGGAUGUGUGCAGCCCUACAGGAGAAGGUUACACAGUGCUUUCAGGUUGGAAGAGAAAGCCAGCAGCAGGGUUUGACAGGCUCUUCAGCAGCAUGCUUCAGCUGAUGCCCUGAUCCUGUGUGCAGAAUCCUCUUCCACAAUCCCUCAGCACCUUCACCCCAUUGCAGUGUACUCUUGUUCAGCUGUGAUGCAGUGCCCUGAAUUCACUUUCACAUGAUCCUUGGAUUGGCAGCCAGCUGUGCCCUCCUUUGCUUAGCCCUGGCAGCUCCAGGAGGAGAUCGGAGGUGCUGGUCCUGCUUGGGUGAGCCCCUUUGUUUUGACAGGUACAGAGGCAGUCACCCUGAUAAGAACUGUAGGCUCUAGAGUAAACUUUGUUUUGUGAUCAGCUUGGUGGCUGUGUCCCAGGGUGAGAAAUGAGAUGAGAGUGAGCAAGAUGUGCUGCCUGGAGAGAAGGGGAAGGCAGCCAUUGGGGAGGGGAGGAAGGCCUGUGGAGCUCUGUUUGAAGUGAGCAAGGCAGAUUUGUUUUCAAAAUGUUGCUUGGCUGGGAUUUGCUGAAGCAGGGACAGUCCCUGCCCCAGGGUGUGUUAGUGUGCGUCCCUCUGCCCCUGGCAGAGUGAAGGUAGCCCAAGUGGUGAAACCUUGUCCCCAGUGCUCUAUGUGAUGGUCUGCCCUCCUGCUUGCUUGUUACCUGGACAGGCAGCUGGACCCCUCCUAAAGCAUCCCACAUGGGCUCCUUCAGGCCAUCUUUCCAUCAGGGACUAACUCAGUCCCUGGUGCUUUUUGGAGCCAGCAGCAGGGCUCCUUUGCAUCUAGUUACAGUGUGGGGAACACCCCCACACCCCAGCUUCAUACCAGCCCUGUGAGGGCAGUGCCAGUGUUAGAAAAUGAGCCUCUGUCACUCAUGAAUGCAGGACUGGUCUCAGGGCCACACUGGGACAGGAACAUAGGUCUCCAGCUUUGAGGGGCUGUUAGGGGCAUGAAGGAGCAGAGUACGGCAACACUGGCUGUGCUGAUGACUUGGUUUGAAAUGAUACUGCAUCUUUCAGGAUUUCCCUUGUAUUUUUUACCAUCUUCACUAUAUACUCUCCAUUGAGUUGUAUUUUGAAGCUUGGUGUCGUAAGAUGCAUUAUCAUGACUCUUCUAUUACCCUUUCUUAAAGACAAAAAGCAACCUACUUUGAGAACUCUGACAGUAAUCAGACUAAUUUCUCUUCUCCACUGCCCUGUGCAGUGUCACUUCUUGUUGACUUGCUGGUUUCCUUUUUUGGGAUACCAACUGA